AAUCUAAGGUGUUUACGUCGACAAGCUAUUUGCUUACGGGCUUCCUCUCAUGCCUCCGUCAUCUGGUGGUAAGCUGUCUGCUUGCCUGUCUCAACAUCCCUUCAUCCCUACCUCAUCGUGACGUGACAUUGGGGUCUAACAAACGACGCCGUUUACCGGCGGAGAAAGGUGGCUGACUGCUUGCUUCUGGUCAUCCUGACCUCACGCUGAGGCAGGAGACUUCACCGUGGGUUUUCCUUAAAGAUGGCGGCGUUUCCCUAAAGCUGCUUUCCACCUCAUGCUUGGUUUAAAGUGUCAAUGAAACAUGGAUCAAAACCUCAGAUUCUCUUUUCCGAGUCAACCUCUUGAUAGACCUCCAAUUGCCACCUAAUGUUGAUACUUCUUAAAAUCAUUUACCACUAUGAGAAGAUUUUUAUUUGGACUUGAAGCACCACCUUAUCUAUACGAUAAGCGAUUUGUGUUGCUGACACUGCUGGUUAUUCUACGGAAUCAAGGUAGGUGGAUGUCGGUACUGCUAACGUCUCCGCCUUACCCUUUUGGUUUGCAUGCUUUUCGCCGGCGGUCGAUUCAUCGGUAUGCCGAUUUCAGGUAUGUGGGUUUAUAAUGCAAGUAUCCGGUUUUGAUUUUAGGUUUUUAUUUAUUUAUUUAUUUUUAUUUUUUUAUUUACUUUUUGGCUAUCAUGUACAUGUAAUAAUUCAUCUAUCAUUUCCUUUGCUUUUAUUUGUUUUUAUUAAAUUCUUUUUUGAUGCACCGAGAAGAACACAAUAUGGAUUCAUUAUGAAUUGUGAAAUUUAAAUCCUUUUCCGAUUUGUGAAAUUUAAAGAUUACUUGUACACCAUACAUAAUGGUGGUUAGGGAGCUGGAGAAACUGGCAUGCAGUCACUGUUAUUCACAAAUACAGGUACCAAAUACUUAUAUUAUAUUCAUUUUAAAAACUUGUAUACUAUUGGUGGCUUCUGUCGAAGGAAGUGUAUCUUUGGAAGCAAUUUGAGCAGGUAAAUCUUGAACGCGAGCUUGUCAUGUAAGUUUUCAAUGCAUAACACUCAGAAAAUGAUGUAAUUUAUGUUGUUACAGGAGAGAAGCAAUGAUACGUCUCAGAAAGGCAAAUUGAAUACAUAAAAUUACUUAUUUAGGAUUUGAGGAAUGUAUAAUUUGAGAAACUUUUUUUUAAAGAUUAAAAAAAAUUCACAAUGGAAACUUAGGUUGCUCUAAAAGCUGCACAACAGGCAAGAGAUAAAGGUGUUUCUAGCCUUUGUACAGAGCUUGGGGGUGAUAAAUGGUAGUUUUUUUUUUUAUUAAAAAUAUGGGUUUUUUUAGAUUUUUGUCUUUUUUUAAUGCUGAUUAUUUUCUCUCCUUUUAUGGUUGUUUGAAUCAAAGCUUAAAAUAAGAGAUCUCUGGUGUCAUGGAUCAGCUAAGGGAAGUUGAAUUUGAAGAAAAACCUCCACACAAUAACACAAAAAUGGUUUUGACUCAUAAGGAAAUGAUAUGCUUGAUUUUAUACUUGGGGGUUUUCUGAGGGUGUUUUUUUUGUCAUUUGUUCCCUUUUUCUUUGAAUUUUUUCAGCAAGAGGUGGUUUUAGAAAGGUGUUGGCUUGGGGUUUAGUUGUGCAACAUGAUAAUCUUCCCAUAAAUGAAUCUUUUUUCCAUCUAUAAUGUGCUUAUUAUGAUGCCUUAUCUUUCUUGUUUUUAAGGUAUAUAUGUUGACAUAACAAGGUCAAAGCAUGAACAUUGGUCAUCAUUUGUAUCUCUGCCAUUGGAAGUUGUCAUCCCGGCUGGACAAAAGGCAAUGGAGGAUUCUUAGCAUGGUGGUGAUGAUGAUUCUGAUAGGCAAAAACUAUAUUCGUGCCAUCAAUGACCAAUAUGGGGACGAAAAUAUCAAGAGUAUGCUUUCAGUUGAAAUGGGUUCAGGGAAAUGGCUUUCCUUAAAAGGUAGAAGAUGUUGUUUUGUUGGCACUAGCCCAACAACGUGGUUUAAAUUUAAUUUGCCAAUCCAGCCCCCGGAUUUCACUAUCUGGUAGGAAUGUAAUUGCGCCUUAGCUCAUGGACUUCACGACAAGCAUAUGAUGAAGGAUUCUUUUCUCUAUACAAGUCACCCUAACUUUGUUUGCACCCUUUCACUGAUUUAAACAAGGUUCUAUACCUAACCGAAAUUGUUGCUCUUAGCUGGCUUGGGACCAUAAGAAAUUUUGUUGUAAUCUAUUUUCAUUUGUAAAACAAUUCAAUUAUAGCAUCAUAAUUUGACUUUAUUCUCUACAA